AUGUCGUCCGACAGCAAUGCUACUACUAGCCCUGACGAAGGCUUAGAGAUACGAAUAAUCAAAACUGUGGCAGAAUUUACGAAUUUCAAUCUAGUCCUGCGCAGACCAGAAGACCGUGUUAAAGUCCACGGAUAUUUUGGUGCACAGUGGCUUAACAAUGAGCUGCUACUUCACCUUGAUGGUACUUGGACACAUUACACUGGAGCAUUUACUUGGUUUGUCCCAAACGAAAAAGAUGUUCCUCGUUGGCAGAGCCUCAUUAGGAUAUUUAACCCAAGUUUCUGGUUACUUGUAUUGUCGGUUUAUGUCCUAGGAUCAUUCACGUUUUGGGCCCUCGCCAGCGCUCAGAGGAGUGACAGAGAAACCACGUCCUUCAGAAACAUUAUUCUGAUAUUUAUGAAUUCCUUAAGCAUGCUCUUGUCGGAAUCUGUGAAUAAAAAGCCGAAACGGACACAGAGUCAAGUAUUCUUCUUGUUGUGGUCUUUCUAUUGUCUUCAAAUUAACAAUGCUUAUCAAUCUUCCUUGAUUGGAUUCCUCACAAAUCCUGGCCAUUUGCCACGCAUUAAUGAUCUAGAUGGCUUAUUGGAAUCUGGUAUUGAAUUAGGCAUUCAAAGUGGCCUUAAUUUUCACUUUAAUGAUUCAUCAGAUCCACGUAACAAGCGCAUAUUAAAAUCACAUAUCAACUGUGAUUUGAAAACUAGUCUUGUAUGUUUAGACAGAAUGGCUUAUAAAGGAGACUUAGCAGUUGCUGGAGGAAGGAAUGGCCUUGAAUUUUUGUCAUAUAUAAAAUAUAUGAAGAAUGGAAAACCAUUAUAUGUGCCACUUAAGGACAAUAUACAACAAGGAUAUAUGGUAAUAUAUUUGAAGAAAGGCAACAUUUUACUGAAGCGGAUUGAUUCUAUUGUCUUACGGCUCCAGAAUGCUGGGCUCAUCGACAAAUGGGUUAAAGAUAUAAGGAGGAAGUUUGGGAAACAUUUCGGUAACGUACCAAUUAACGAUGGUUUCUGUGUACUGACCAUGUCACAUCUUGAAGGAGCAUGUUCUCUGUUCGUGCUUGGUAUGCUCUUGAGCAUUAUAACCUGGUUUCUUGAGAUCAUUCAUCACUCUGUUGGUCACAGAUUCAGAAAAAGGCAACAGGUCACUGAUAAUGUGAUAUGA